AUGUCUUUCCGCGCUUCUUUGAGACGGUUAGCCUCCCAUGCUCCUCGACAACCUUCGAUCCACUUUCCUGAUCGAUCGGCUGCUCCCGGUGAGUCUCAAUCCGCUCGUGUACGAGACCGAAUCGUCCGGAGCAUACGUCGAGUCGAUGCCAACUUUGGUGCAAGUGAUACCGAGCUCAGCAAUUGAACAUACUGAAGCUUCUUUGCAUCCUCUCCUCAGUCCACCACCUCGCCACUCCUCACCCCUGCGCCCCCUCCGACAUCCUCUCCUCGUCCCCCUUCCUCCAAUCCCUCUCCAAACGUCCGACGACCCCUUCCGAACCUCAUCAAGGCCCUAAAACACCCCUUUCCGGUCCCGCGGGGGGAGCAGAGGAUGGAGCGGGGUUCGUGGGUCCGAAAGCGGACUACGAGGAAGGGGAUUCGGGGAUGCCGAGUUGGUUGAAUAAGGCGCGGUACGCGCCGGGGGAGGAGGAGAUCGAGGCCGUUUUGGUUAGUCGCAGAUGAUGUUUUGCUUUGUUUGUGGGGGAAGGUUGGGUUCGUAACUGAUGGUUGUGUUUUGGGGGUGGGGGGGGGGGGUGGGGCGGUGAUUGUUGACAGAGUGGUGGAGCGACGGCAGCGACUGAAGUGACCAAGGCGUAUAAGCAGAAAUGGUGGACCGCGCAAGUCUAG